CACCAUGAAGCUCAGACUAUUGCUGCUACCACUGCUGGUCCACGUGUGCUCAUGUGCGAGAAUCCUGGGCAUCAACCCGACGCCCUCCAUCAGCCACCAGCUGCCCUUCCUCAUCAUCAUGCGAGCUCUUGCUGAAAAGGGACACCAGGUCACCAUCAUCACCACUAAUCCUAUGAAGGAUCCUCCACCAAACGUAACUCAGAUAGAUAUGUCAUUUAUGUACGACAAAUGGAAGAAAGACAUCAACUUCUACCAAAUGUCUCAACUGUCUAGACAUGAAAUGAUGGAAAUGAUGAUAAAACUUGGUAAGACGGAUUGUGACGCACAGCUCAAAACUCCAAGCAUAAAAGAACUUCAAUUUCAACGGGAAUUCGAUGUGGUGAUAAUGGAAAUGUUCUUGUACAUGUGUUACUUCGGCCUUGUUCAUAUACUGGGACACCCACCAGUGGUAGGUUUCUGGUCAGCAGAGUUAUUCCCACAGCUGCAUCGAAUGAUGGGCAACCCUAUUAAUCCAGCAUACUUCCCGGAUAUUGGGGAUAGCUACACGGAUCACAUGACAUUCUGGGAAAGAGCUACCAAUGCGUAUCACGUACUGGAUGAUAUUAGAAUAACAUCCGUAUCACUGGUAGCGUCUCAAGACGAAGUAAUGAGAGCUCAUUUCGGGAGUGAUUGUCCUAGCACAGGCAUAAUGCAGUACAACCUUAGCCUUUUACUCGCUAACAGUCAUUUCUGUUCUGGCUAUCCGCUACCUAUGCAGCCUAAUGUGAUACAGAUGACAGGACUUCAUAUCAAAGGAGCACAAAACCCGCUGCCGAAGGAUAUACAAUCUUUCCUGGAUGGAGCGAAACAUGGAUUCAUAUACUUCAGUCUCGGUUCCAACGUAAAGAGCAACACCCUUCCUGAAGUCACACGUAAAGCCUUGAUGGCGGCUUUUUCGGAACUGCCUCAGAGGGUCCUUUGGAAAUUCGAAGAUGAUACUCUGCCGGGAAAACCAAGCAACGUAAUGAUUUCAAAGUGGCUCCCACAAGAAGAGGUAUUGGCUCACCCAAGAAUUCGACUUUUUAUCACUCAGGGAGGACUUCAAAGCUUCAAUGAGGCAUCAUAUUACGGCGUACCUCUCAUCGGAAUACCUUUUUUUGGUGACCAGGGGUACAACGUGGCCAAAAUGGUCAGUGCAGGAAUUGGAGUGAAACUGGAUUUUAAGGUUAUUACCAAAGAGUCUACCUUAGAAGCAGUGAAGACAGUUUUGGAAAAUCCGAGCUACCGCGAGAACAUGAAGCGCUUUUCCGCCAUCUACCGGGAGCACCAGUCGACGUCACUGGAGAACGCGCUGUGGUGGGUGGAGUACGUGAUCCGCCACAGAGGCGCCCCGCACCUGCGGCCCGCGGCCCUGGACCUCCACUGGUGGCAGCUGCUGCUGCUCGACGUCGUCGGCUUCGUCGUCGCGGCAGCGGCGGCGGUCACGUUUGUGCUCUACAAGCUGACGCGCCGUCUGCUGGCACUCAUCUGCAGGCCCAGCAAACAGAAGAAACAGUGACGCAGCUGCCAUGGGACUGGCGCAAUCAUCACGCUGUGCUUCGAACGUAUUUUGUCGCAGUCUGGCACCCCUUCCGAGUUUUACUCGUACUGUGAAACAAACGACGCUCCAGAGGAGUGUGCUGUGACGUAGCAGAUCUUUGUGACUUUCAUCAUGCACGCAAAAUGUGAGACUCAGAUGUUGGUGCAUCAUACGUAUGAACUAGCACAGCAUACGUAAGGGAGUUAGGAACCAUCUCUGGGAGACUGUCCAUAGUAAUGAAUGUGCGCAGCAUACCUGAAUGCGUAUUUAUCCAACUGGAAACUACUACGAGGAAAGUGCUCGAUGUGUCCAGUUCCUGUUACCAUUCUUCUAGUCUACAUCAUUUUUAUUAUACCUUAGUUUCAGUACUUACUGUUAUAUGAUAAGAGAGUACCGCUCUGCCCAUAGCUUCAGUUGUGUGUAUCUCCAGUCACCGCAUUAGUAUCAUCAUUGCAGCCGUAAUAUAACACUUCAUCUCUCAUCUGCGCAUGUCUGAAAUGUGUUUGGUUAAUUUAUCAAGGUAUAAUUUCAUUUCUGCUGCGUUAAAUGAUUUUCUUUAUUUGUAAGUUCUUGUUUUUCUCGUCACAUAGGCACCAGAGUGCAUCUUGCACUGCUCACGAAAGCGAGUAAUACAGAAAGAAAGUUUGUUGUGA